AUAAUUACUUGCUUAAGAAUAUUCUGGUAUGAUUACUUUGUUGACAAUCAUGUAUGAAAGCGAAAGAUACUGCGUCACUCGCUUCUGUCAUGUCUGUUAAUCACCAGGAUAUCAAGAACCAGCUUGAUAUUUAGUAUUUAGCCCCGUAUCUAUUGUCAUAUAGGGAACAUUGCUCGGCAGAUCAAAUUGUUAGCCAUGAUUUCUGUCCGUGGAAUUAGUUUUUGUAUCCAUUGCUGUUUGGGCCUUCUACUUUCCACUGAAUUAUGUGGCGCAGAACAAUCUUAUGUUUGGCUUACUGGUGAUGAGAGUUUCAAUAUUUUUUCACUUGAUAUAAACCGGAGCGUUGAAGAAGAUUUCAUUUGGAUAUUCAACACAACUAUUGGCAGGAGGAUCAAUGUAUCCAUAAAAGAGUUUGAUUUCGAAAGAGGACAUGUUUUAAUUACAAUUGGUGAUGGGACUGAAAGAGAUGGAUAUAACGCAAAUUUUGAGGACACAUCAACUUACACUCAAGUAGCAAGAUUCAGUGGAUCAGAUCCACCAAGUUUUGUGACAUCAGUAAGCAAUGCAGCAUGGAUAAGAAUUAGAGCAAGGCGAGUCUACUGGAAAAUGGAUUUUAAUAUAACCGUAUCGUCUACUAAUAUGUCAGAUAUAAUUGAAUUACAAGAGGGUGAAACGAUAUCGCUCAGAUCAAUGAAUUACCCGUCAAACUACCCAAACAACUACUAUCAUCUAUGGGACAUCCGAACCCACGAAGGCUACGUCAUCGAAGUUAUUGUAAGAUCAUUCCACGUGGAAACCGGGAACGACCACGUGUACAUAGGUGAUGGCGUUGAUAGCUUUACAAACCAAGGAUCAAAAUGGCAAGACUGGACAGGAUUAUGGGAGAAUGAGGUCCUAGAAUCACGAGACUUCACAUCAUCUACCAAUUCUAUCACCAUGAUCUUUACCACUGAUUAUAGCACAACAAAGUCAGGAUUCUGGAUCCAGCUACGAGCUGCUAAGAAAUCAGAAAGCGGAACAGCAUCAUUUGCACCAUCACCAGCCAGUGAAACGACAGCUAAACAUUUUAUUGUUUCAUCAAACCUUCCACCUAUAUCUCCGACAGCAGCAACAACAGCAUCAGCAGUGGCAACAACAACAACAACCACAUCAUAUGCGAGUACAACCCACAAAGAUCCUGCUCCAUCAACCCAAUCAUAUAUAGGUCCAACAGACGCCCUUAUUUUCAAGUGGGGAACCAUUAUAUCAUCAUCCAUUAUAUCAUCGUCCAUUUUGCUCCUGGUCAUUCUUACCUGCGCGGUCCUAAAAUAUAAACGAUGGAAACAGACAACACGUAAUGGCACGGAUACUACGACCAAUGGUCCCGAGUCAGAACCUACGGGAGAAAGAAUACAAGAAUCUUCCACUGACCCUGAUUCUCUUCCUGGUAGACCGUAUGAAACUAUCCCUGAAUACCUUCUAGCUCCAUCCCAUAGUCUUGCGACCGGACACUCUAAUUGUCCAGUAUCUGGUCCUGAUAUAAACGAACAAGUAGAUGAGUUUGGAUACAUGAUUCCAGACAGAGACGACGUAGGAGAACUACCUGAUGAACAAUCACCAGUCAGUCGGGAUGGUUAUACAGAUAUCAAUCAUACAUACUUGGAUACAACCCUUUCUAGUAGUCAGCAAGAAUAUCCCCACACCUACCAUACCUACGAAAGUUCUAUGAUGAUGAUGAAAAGCUUCGGAGAAAAGGAUGAACAAUUGUCGAGUCAUUAUUAUAACACUGACAGCACUGACACUUCUAACCGCUAUUAAGAAUCCCUCUGCCAUGUCUGUAAUAGAUUAACAUAGACUGAUACCACCUCUAACCCCAUUCAUGAGAGCGCACAUUUAUACGAUGCGGCUCGGGAUAUGAUGGGAAUAGUUCAGAGGACACAAUUUGAUCAAUCGGGAACGUCGAAUUUGGAUUUGUAAUUUUAGUAAAUUAAGCUAGCACGUACAGUUAUUUUGCUAGGAAUAUUUUCAUUUUGAACCUCCCCCCAAACCCCAACCAUAUCUAUAGUUUCUUCAUUAUGCAUAUUUCACCAUCAUAAAGCUUGUGUGGGUGUGUUUUAUGCAGUUUCACUUUGUGCGUGUGUAUAUACAUUUCGUAACUUACACCUAUAAGUAUAGGCUUUUAUGAGUAAUUUCCAGUUUGAUUGGGCACCGCUGUAGGACUUUAAUCUUAGCAGCGGUAGAAAUUAUAUUAAAAUACUUAACAGUGUUCGUAGUGUAAGAAGUAUUGUAGUUCCUCGGAUGCAAAAUUACUUGAUGAAUUCAACAUAUGUAUCCAGCAUUAAAAUAAUGUCUAAUAUUAGUUGUGAUUGAAUUUUUGUCAAUGUCGUGAUUAAUAGAAAUUAGUAAUGAUUUGAAAUAUUAUUAAUUAGUUUAAUUCCACACUUUUACCAGUAGGAAUAGCAAUAUAAAGCAUAAAUGUCAAAAUAGCGGUAGUAUACGCAGUUAUAUUGUGGCAGUAUUAGCGGCAAUACUAUUAGAAGUUUUAGUAAUAUUAGUUAUAGCAAUCGUAUUAGUGGUAAAAUGGUAGUAGACCUAGUAGUAGUAGCAGAAGUAACAUAAGUAGUAAUAUAAGUACGGGUAUUGCAGUAGUAUAUUGCAAGAAUUUUUAGUACAAAUAUGAAUAUUAGUACUGGAAUUGGUAUGGGAAAUAUAGCAUCAUAAUGAGUAUCAGUAUAUAGUAUUUGUACUUAGAAUAUCUUCCCAAAACCGGGAUGAAGUGUAUCGGUUUUUAAAUCUCAACUUGAUUUCCCUGUUCAAUCUUUGUAGUUUUAGUUCUUCGUGUGCUAUCAGACUACACAGUAUUUUGUUCACAGUGCUGUAUUACAAUGAAUUUACAUAUAAACACCCAAUGAACUAAUUGGAUUUGUUAUUUUCUGCAAUACGUAUUUUAAAAUUGAAUGAAUAAAAUAAAUACUUCCUAAAAAUAGAAAAUCAUAAUGGAUUUUAUUACUAGAGACUGAUAAACUUAAUAU